AUGGCAGCAGUCCAACACGCCACCGAGAGAGCCGGAGCGCACCAUGGGAAGUACGACGCCCUCGGGCGGAUGCUUGGCGAAGCUCGCAAAGAACAACCAUGGAAUGCCCUGAAUAUUAGCGGAAACUCUGAGCAGACAACUGGCACAGCGGAUAGACUCAAGGAUGAGACGAAGCUCUGA